CCUUUAUAGUUGUAAUUCAUGACCUCGGACUCAAAAUGUCGACCAUAGCUUCACCAUGCAUAACCACUCAUGGAUAUUCUUGUCAUUUUUGUGCUCCGUCCAGGAACUAUUCAAAUUGCCAUGUGUUCUUCUCGUGACGAUUGAGCUUCAUAAAAAGUCAUCCAGAGAGCUGAAAUCAUUCCGUUUAUCAUGUCAGGUGGUGCACAUUCACGUCACCCUUGUUCACAUGAUUUGCCUUAUUACCGCAUACUUACAGAUGUGCCUGCCGAGGUCGCCCUGCCCUUAGAUUUGAUGGUAACGAUGUGCGAUUGAACGUAGUUGUCGUGGCUUGUUUUCGCUUCCGUGGUUGUCCAUGUGCCGCAGGUGGGUGUAACCUUCAAGUUGAAACUUUGCUGCGCGGUAACCUGCGAACCUAAUCC